GAGUUUCGUGGGUUUUGUCCAUAUACCUUCACUUCCUGAAAUCCCAUCUUCUUUCUUCGAUUUUUCUCUCAUUUUUCCUCCCUUUGCAAGAACCAGAGUGAAAACGAGCACUACCUUGAGAAGAAAGAGAAGAGGAUCAAUGUCAAACUCAAACAUCACAAGCUGUGAUAGUUGGAGCUUCUCCACAGAGAACACCGGAGAAGAUGCAGCAGCAGCAGCAGUUAAGCACCAGCAACUAGAGAUGCUUCCCCAAAACCACAGUCCAAAUUCAAACACUUCAACUACAACAAAUAAUAGCAAUGCCUCAAACACAAAUUCACAACCACCUCUCAAGAAGAAAAGAAACCUACCAGGGAAUCCAGACCCGAAUGCCGAAGUGGUAGCCCUGUCGCCGAACACCCUGGUGGCCACAAACAGGUUCGUGUGUGAAAUAUGCAACAAAGGGUUUCAAAGGGAUCAGAACCUUCAAUUGCACCGUCGAGGGCACAAUCUACCGUGGAAGCUGAAACUCAGAACCACCACCGAAGUGAAAAAGCGCGUUUACGUUUGUCCCGAACCCUCCUGUGUCCACCACAACCCGGCUCGAGCGCUGGGCGAUCUCACCGGCAUUAAAAAGCACUUUAGUAGAAAGCACGGCGAGAAGAAGUGGAAAUGUGAAAAAUGUUCUAAGAAAUACGCUGUUCAUUCUGACUGGAAAGCACAUUCCAAAAUAUGUGGAACCAAGGAAUACAAAUGUGACUGUGGCACCAUCUUUUCCAGAAGAGACAGUUUCAUCACACACAGAGCUUUCUGCGAUGCACUGAGUGAUGACAGCAACAAAUUCAACGAAGCAGGACAACUGCAAAGUAUAAUGCAUGCUUCAAACCUGCAACCACCAAUGAUCCCAAACCUAGCAGCAUCACUACCAAUCAAUACCAACAAUCACAAGCAACCAUUACCACUCCCUCACGACCUCAUUGCAGGAAUUCCAGCAAAACCCUUUAGCAGCAACAUGGCAGCAUUGCCAAGAAGCCUUUCAUCCACCUCUUCUCUCUCUCAACUGUGCUCAAACUCACCACACAUCAACAUGUUUGAGGAAAAGCCUCAAACAAACAUGUCUGCCACGGCACUGCUUCAAAAAGCCGCACAGAUGGGCGCAACAGUGAAUAGUAACAGCAACAGCAUGAUGACUGACACGGGCUUUGCUACAAGCAUGGCACCACCAUCGUAUGGGGUCAUGAACCACCACAUUCACCACGGUCAACAAGACCUGUCUCAGUAUAACUUCCAUGAAAAUGGGACGGUGAUGAUGGAUGGUGUUGGCAAUGGCAUGGGAGGAAUGAGUGGUUUGGAUAUGUUUAAUGCCAUAUUGGAUCAAAGUAAGGCGUUGUCGAAGAUCAUAGAGCAGAACAACCGAAGCAGUUAUAGUGGUGUUUUGCAUGCAAUGAAUAAUGGUAGGUCAAGUUCCAUUGAUGUUGGUGGAGCUAAAGGGAGUGAGGAUGUGAUGACUUUGGACUUGUUGGGGAUAGGAGGAGGAGUUGGUGGUGGUGGUGGUGGUGAUGGAAACUUCUUUGGUGGUGAACAGUCUGAACUAAAGAUUGAAUAUGGAGAAAUGAGUCAAAUAAGAAUCCAGGCUUUGAACCAUUUUCAGCAACAAACAGCAGCAUAUGAAAAUUAAGACUUGGUUGAGACCAAAAUAAAAUAAUAAUUUGCAUGUUUCUGAUCUAGGUGGAAAUUUUCAGCUUUGUUCUGUGAACUAAUUCCUUUUCUACCAUAAAUAGUAUACACAUUAUUAUGAUAGGUUUUCCUAUCACUAAUAUCAGUGUUGUGGACCCUUUUGGUCCCUUAAAUCA